UUGAAAAAAAUGAGAUAAAUACUCUAGCUUACAAUAACAAGCGAGAAGUUAGAAGCAAUUAGUCAGAGACCAGAGUAAUGGAUCAAUCACCAUUGCUAAAUGACUUUUCCGGCGAGCACUGGCAGCUUAUCGGCUCCGACGGUGACUACCGGCCCAUUUCUAGCAUGAAUAUGAAUGAAUUGUGGGAUGUAUUCUGGAUUGAAACAGUGAAGCUAUGGGAGAUUGGAGGCCCAAUUGCUUUCAAUAUCGUCUGUCAAUACGGACUCUAUGCUAUCACUGUUGCUUUCUGUGGUCAUCUUGGACCUACAGAGCUCUCUGCUGUUACCCUUGCUCAAACUGUCAUCGGCACUUUCAUUUUUGGCUUCAUGAUAGGCAUGGGGAGUGCUCUGGAGACGCUCUGUGGACAGGCAUUUGGUGCUGGGCAAGUACACAUGCUUGGAGUUUACACACAACGCUCAAUGAUAAUUCUAUUGCUGAGUACCUUCCUUCUCUUACCAAUCUAUCUUUUCGCAACUCCUAUACUUAAGUUCCUAGGCCAAGAUCAUGAUAUUGCUGUUGUUGCUGGGAAGUUCGCCAUGUUAACCAUUCCCGAGUUAUAUUCCCUGUCUGUUAACAUUCCCACUUCAAAAUUUCUUCAAGCCCAGAGUAAAGUUGGUGUGCUGGCCUGGAUUGGUUUUGUGGCUCUCGUACUCCAUGCUAUUCUCCUUUGGCUCUUCAUUUAUGUAUUCAAUUGGGGUUUGACCGGGGCAGCAAUAUCCUUUAAUCUCGUAGGCUGGGUCAACGCACUAGCUCAAUUUGCUUACGUAGUUUUUUGGUGCAAGGAUGGAUGGAAGGGAUGGUCUUGGUCUGCAUUCAAUGAGAUUUGGGCCUUUGUUAGAUUGUCAAUUGAAUCGGCUGUUAUGCUAUGCCUAGAAACCUGGUAUAUGAUGAGUAUUAUUCUCCUCACUGGUCAUCUCAAAGAUGCAGUUACUGCAGUUGGAGCCCUCUCUAUUUGCAUAAAUGUCGAUGGAUGGGAAGCAAUGUUUUUCAUUGGAGUCAAUGCUGCCAUAAGUGUUCGGGUCUCAAAUGAGCUUGGGCUAGGACGUGCCAGGGCGACCAAAUGUAGUGUUGUUGUCACAGUGUUUCAGUCACUUCUCAUUGGGAUACUCUGCAUGAUUGUAGUACUUGCAUUAAGAAGUCAUCUAGCCAUUCUUUACACCGACAGCGAGGUUUUGAAACGAUCUGUUUCUGAGCUUGCUUGGUUUCUUGGAGUAACAAUGCUUCUCAACAGUGUUCAGCCUGUGAUAUCAGGUGUUGCUGUUGGAGGCGGAUGGCAAGGUCUCGUGGCUUACAUCAAUUUGGGUUCUUACUACAUUUUUGGUAUUCCUCUUGGAUAUCUUCUUGGCUAUGUAGCUAACUUCGGAGUCAUGGGAUUAUGGGGGGGAAUGAUAGGUGGACUAGCUUUGCAAACACUACUACUCUCGAUUGUACUCUACAGAAUUGACUGGAAUAAAGAGGUUGAGCAGACGACAGAACGGAUGCGAAUCUGGGGAGGUCAAGACUUAGAAACAGAGAAAAACCUCCAAAUCCCAAAUUUCACAACGGCUUAAUUAAGCACUG